AUGGGGCGCACCAUUGACCAGGAUGUGCAUGCGGCAUUCGUCGAGUUCAAGGCCAAAGAGGACGAUAAAUGCAUGUCUGUUCAAUGCAUCUAUUGUCAACAGAUCCGUGCAAAGAACACUUCGCGCCAGAAGCAACAUUUGCUUGAGUGUCCUGGCCUGCAGAACCAUCCCAAUGCCCCUCGUCCACAAUCGUCUCCGGGCGAUGCCAUCAGCGCUCCCAAUGGAUACAGCACUCCCUCCAUCUCCCACAAUGCGACUACCCCCAUGAACAAUGGCCUCACUACCAACGGCACUCCCAUGCAAGGAAUGUCCAAUGGCUCGACCAUCCCGCCGCCUCCCGCCUCUACCACCCCCAGCCAACGUCACACCCCAAAGCCCACAAAGGCUCCCAAGACCACUCCUGGCUCCAGCCUCCCCGCGCCACCUCUCGAUGAUGUCCAUGCUGCUUUUGUCGAGUUCAGAGCCAAAGAGGAGGACAAGUGUUUGUCGGUACAAUGCAUCUAUUGCAACCAGAUCAGGGCCAAGAACACAUCGAGACAACGGCAGCACCUCCUCGAGUGCACUACAUAUCAAAAUGUCAUGAAAGAGUCAAUACCUGCAAACAACCUUCUUCACAGGUUUGAUGAAGGUGAUGUGGCCCGUUCACUCCAGCUACCCGCCCCAACCCUCGAACUUGACUUCCGCAUGAGCAUCAAGGUCAAUCCUAAGAUUGGUGUUGGGUCGGGCCUGUUCGGUCAGCGCGACUGGGUCAGCAUUGUUGGGGGACAAUGGGCUGGACGAUGGGGCAAAGGUAUUGUCAUUCCUGGUGGUCAAGACAAUCAGCUGGUCGUCAAGGACCUUUCUGCACGCAGCGAUGCCAGCUAUCUGCUCCAAACCAAUGAUGACCCUCCAGCCUACAUCACAGCAAGGUCCAAAGGUUGGCGAACAGGUGCUAAAGAUAUUCUCGAACGACUCAACGACCCCACGGUGGCAGACACCAUUCCGGCCAACCAAUACAAGUUCCGCAUCACCGUUGAGCUCGAGACUGGCGACGAGAGAUACGCAUUUCUGAACACCUGUCUUUGGGUGGGAAGUGGAACUCGGAGAGUUGGUGAAAUCAUCUAUGAUGCGUAUAGGGUCGGCUAG